UGUCAAAAAAUAUCGAUUGCAUGGUAGACAUGAUACAAGCUUAGUUCUGGUGGCAUACAAUAAUUAUUUUUGUCGUGAUAUUUUUAUGUGUGUUCCAUAAAAAGAAAAUAAACAAAACAAAAAUAAUUCCUAUUUCAACUAGUUUGUUUAUGAGAGAUGUUUGCACUUGGACAAACAAAACAAACCUCUUCUUCUUCCAAGAUGAAGGACUCUAUAAAAUCCCUGAAAAACUGCGAAUGGACCCGAGAAAAGACAGCCACUCUGAUAUCCCUCUAUCAGUCCCAUGAAUGUCUUUGGAAUAAUUUCAUUGAGUCCUACAAGAAUAAGGAUAAACGCAACAAGGCAAUCGAAGAAAUCUGCGACCAGUUGAAUCUCAAUAAGGUUGAUUUCGGAAAGAAGAUUCACAAUCUCCGGAACCAGUUCAAUGCUGAAAUGAAGAAACUAGAAAAAAGAAACGAAUCAUCAACGGAGGUUCGUCGCAGUAGAUGGGAACACUAUGAGGCGUUGAUGUUUUUGAAAGAUGUUAUCGCUCCACGACCUGGUUUCUCGAUGGCUUUUAAAGGUCCAAGGAAAUUCGAAAUAAAAUACAGCAUCUUAGACCAGGAAGAGGAUGAACAUCAACAAAGUAAUAGUGCGUUGCAAGAACCUGGAGACACUGAAGUCCAAUACGAAGAAACCGAAACCACCCAACAACCAUCAGCUCAAAAUACAAUCGAAUUUGAGACAGUUCCGAUUGCGAGUCGAGAAGAAGUUCUAGAAUCAAAAUAUCACCGACCGAGCCAAGAUCAACUAGAAACUCAAGAAUACGUCCAACACCAACCCCUCCAGCAUCAGAUUAUCCAUCAUCAACAACAGCAGCAACAACAACCACAACGUCAGCCAUCUCAGGAUGUGUUGCAAAUUGAAAAUUCCCAAAUGUCCAUGCCUAAUAAAGUACUUCAUAUGGAAACACUUCCGCCCAAGAAGAGAGCCAGAACAGAGGAAUGCAACGAACAGAAACGUGACCAAUGGGAUGUGUUUGGGGAAUUUGUUGCUGCCGAAUUUAAGAACCUCAACUCGGAGCUUUCGAGAAAAAAACUGAAGCGAAAAAUAAUGCAAGUUAUGUUGGAAGUUGGCGAAGAGGAUGAUGGAAUAAAUAUUAAUAUUUCAUUAAAUUAGGAUUAAA